GGAAGGGAGCCGGGCAGCUGCGAGCGCCUCGGGACGGAGGAGGACACUCUGAUGCGCUGCACUUCAGGCAACACCACCACAUCAUCACCCCCGGUUUACGAAACCCGCACUCGCAUUUACGAAAGGAAAAUCCGUCCCAGAUUCCACAGCUGCUUCACGGGGAAAAUACCAAGAAGCUGUAACCAAGACUGUGACCGAUGACGCCGAAAGUUGUAAGAGUCUGUCGGAUGAGAUCAUAAACUAGACACGUUUCGAACGAAGUGAAAGAAAUAUACAGCAGAGUAGGCCAGCAAAUGCUGAAAAGCUUCUUGAAAAGCGAGGGAAAGUCGUGCGGUGCUUGAUGAGAGCGGAGCAUGGAGACGUAGCAUGGAGUGACUUGAGACUCGAGGCGCGGUGCGCGCGCGGCUCUCCGGCGGAACCGAGGCGAGCGAACGAACCCUUCAUCAUUUCUCUCCAACGGCUCUCGCUGACUUUUUGCGGGGAUGGCAGGACCUGUUCCCUAUCUUCUGCUGCUGCUUUGGACUGUGUGUGCCGGGGUGCACAGCGUAUCCUUUCCCUCUCGGUACCAAGGCUUCGGGGCGCAGCAGAGUCCGGCGCAGGGUCCGAACGGGGCACGAGCGGCGAGCAGACACAGGAACUGGUGUGCGUACGUGGUGACAAGGAAAGUAAGCUGUGUGGUGGAGGAUGGCGUGGAGACCUACGUGAAGCCAGACUACCAGCCCUGCUCCUGGGGACAGGUUCAUUGCUCGCGUGUGGUGGCAUAUCGAACAUACUUGAGGCCCCGGUACAAGGUGGCAUUCAAAGUGGUGACAGAAAUGGAGUGGAAGUGCUGUACCGGUUAUUCAGGGGAUGACUGCAAUGAUGGACCUAAUGGCCAGUCCAUCACCCAGGUUUCCACUGCCAGGCCCCAACCCAGACCAUAUAAUCCAGGACAGACAGGCUCUGGUACAACCCCAGGGCAAAGUGGUGGAGAAGGGAGAGGAGACAGUGAAAAAAUGAGGGAGCUAGAGGAGAAGAUCCAAAGUUUAACCAAAGAACUCUAUGAUCUGCAGGACACUGUAAGGGGCAUGAAUGAGAAGUCUCAUGAAGAGACACAGAAGCCAGGGUUCUCUGGCAAGACGCCGGCUGAUGCUGCACAGCCAGAAAUAAAGGAGACUAUCCACAGCAUCCAGAUGAAACUGGACCAGUUGGAUAACAUGACCCGGGCACAUGACAAAACCCUAGUCAGCAUCAACAACCACCUGGUCAAUGGGAGGGGCAGUGGAAAUGACCUGGAUGGUGUGAGUGGGAGCAAGCUGAUAACGCUGAAGGAUGAGAUUUUGAGGGAGCUGGAGCAUAGGGUUAGUCUCUCCUGCUCUGUUUGCCAGUCGGGAGUGGAGGACCUGAGACGGCAGCAGCAGGAGGACCGCGAGAGGAUUUUUGCCUUGGAGAAGCUCAUCCACUCCAUAGACAGGCAGCAUCGGCAAACACUGGAUAGCAUCCGCGGGGACCUGGCAAGCUUGCAAGGCUGCUGCGACAAGGUGAACGAACUGAGUAGAAGACUCAGUGAAGUGGAGAAGAAAAUGAUCUUGGCAGAGAAUGCUCAGGUUGCUAUAAGUGACCGCUUGGACAAGGAGUUAACAGGGCUUACUGGGACUGGAGGGAAUUCAAGGGUGACUGAGGAAAAAUUCAACACACACCUGCAAGACCUGGAGAGACGUCUGAACAACACAGUACAGCAGACAAGUGAAAACUGUGAUUAUCUGGAGAACAACCUGAAGGACUACUUUCAGAAGGAGCUCAGUGACAUGCAACAUGAAUACGAUUACAAAAUUUCAAAUCUUGAAGCUGAUGUCACUAUACUGAGGGAUGCUGUUUAUGACCAAAAAAAGCACUUAAGUCGUCUAGAGAACCUGACAUCUCACAUGGACAACGAACUGACUUCAGCAGUACACCACUGCACUGAAUCCUGUGGCUCCAGACAAGGCACAGGCAGGGGAGAUGAUACUGAGGACACAAUGAAAUCUCUACAGUGGAGAGUCAUUACUAAUGAAGAAGAGAUUCAAAGGUUUGAUACGAGACUGAAGGAUCUCACUGUCACAGGUGAUUCUUUGAUGGACAAAGUGGUGGAUCUCAGCCAUGAUGUCCGCAAAAUUAAGGCGCUCACGGGUGAAAACGGUGAACACCUGAACAGGAUUGUGACAGAAAUUGAGAACUUGGGUAGGAAUGUAGAUGACUGCGGCAUCUGUAGCUCUCUAGAGAAUGAAUUGGCUUUGCUGAAGAAUAACACCAACAGAGCAUUUGAGAAGUGGCAGGUGGAUAUCAAUAACAUGCAAAACAGAAUAGACAAUGAUGAGACCACUUGCUCUCAGGUGUGUUCCUCCCUGCAGGAGGAAGUGGGGAAGUUGAAGGAGGAGGUUGAGAAGUGCAGUGGACAGUGCAAAAUCAGCUUGGAGCGAAUAACUGGAGGUGGAGACCUUGACACAGAGAAGCCUCUGGAUGGUCACAGUGUCAUCAGCAGCACAUCCCAUGGGAGUCUGAAGUCUAUUCAAGGAGAGCUCUCUGAGGUCAUUCUGACCUUUAGCUCCAUCAACGACACGCUGAAGGGAUUAGAGCACAGUGUGCAGAAGCAUGACAGUGUCAUCACUGACCUGAGCAACACCAAAGACAAGAUAAUCUCUGAGAUUGACAAGAUUCAGAUGGAAAUGAAUGAGCACAACGAGGACAGUAAGAGCCGCUUCGACCAAGUGAGUCGUGAAAUCCAUCGCUUUAGCAACAACUUCAUGGUGGAGAUGGGUGACUGCAAGCGGUCUGGGGAAGGGCUGGAGAAGAGGCUGUCCAAGAUGGAGGGUGUGUGUGGCCGCCUGGAUACCAUAUCAGACAGCCUGCAGAGGAUCAGAGAGGGUCUCAACAAGCAUGUGUCUGGGCUUUGGAGCUGUGUCCAUAGCCUCAACAGUACUGUGAUCACCCACAGCGGAUUCAUUGACGAUAUCCAGAACAUUCAGCUGGAUGGCAUCCACCGCAAGAUAAAGCAUCUUAACUCCUCCAUGUUGCAUAUCCUCCAUGAGGUCCGGAACUUCUCAAGCCAAGAUUUUGUUGGCCUGCCUGGGCCACCAGGGGCUCAGGGAGACAUAGGGUUGCCAGGAAUACCAGGGCCACUGGGGCCACCAGGUCUUGAUGGUCCACAAGGUAGACCUGGCCUGCCAGGACUUAUGGGACCACCAGGUCUCAGAGGUGAACAAGGUGCUGCUGGAAGGGAUGCAGACGUGCCUCGAUAUUCCUUCUCUGCUGCCCUCAUCCAUCCUCAGGUCAAUUCAGGGACCAUCAUCUUUAGCAAGGUGUUUGUUAAUGAAGGGAACGUCUAUAACAGAGACACAGGAAUCUUUACGGCUCCAGUGGAUGGACGGUACUUUUUCAGCGGCAUCCUGACAGGCCACAAGAACGUGAAGAUAGAGGCAGUGCUGUCUCUGAACAACACCGGUGUGGCACGUGUAGAUUCAGCAGGCUACCAGCCUGAGGGCCUGGAAAACAAGCCCAUGGCAGAGACCAAGCCAAACCCAGGGUCUCUGGCUGUCUUCAACAUCAUCUUGCCACUAAAAAUGGGGGACAUGAUCUGCAUCGACCUGGUCAUGGGCAAGCUGGCUUACUCAGUGGAACCUCUGACCAUCUUCAGUGGGAUGCUGCUCUAUAAGGAUAGAUAGCAAGCCAACUCAGAGAACAGAUUGUGUUAGCAGCCACAGAAUGAAGAGGCUACGCUCCAUCAAACACGAUGGCGUUUGACAAUAAAGCACAACUUCAGUCCCCACAGGAAUAAAGGAGACAGUGAAAGCGGUGUUUUUAUCUUUUUCAGUCUCAGUGACAAUAAAAGACUUGUAUCACUGCUUGGAAAUAGGAUUAAGUGUUACAUGGAAUAUACACCUUGACUGUGAUUAUUUUAAACAUAACGCUUCAUCUGGAUAACAGAUGAGACUGCAUACACACUGUUGUCUCCUUCCUAUUAUGCACUAUCAACACGAGUGUUACAUGUUAGCCGCCAAAGUUGGUCUUGCCAAAAUUCCUUUCUUUUUGAAGUGUUACACAUAAAGUCAGGGUUCCAGGUAACCCCAGAGUAUUAUUAUUUUUAUGGGCAAGUAGUGAAGAUAGAUACAUAUAUUUUUCAAGAAAUUGAAAA